CUGGAAAAAGAGUGCAAUUUCCAACUUUUUCAAAGUUGACGACCUUUUUUUUGUUUUUGUUUUUUUGUACACAACACAUUGUUUUACACAUUGUUCAAAUGUGUUGUGUCCAUGUAUUUCUCCGCGGCGCGUGGUGGGUGUAUUAUUUCUCCUCUGUCGCGCAGCUAUCACGGCUUCCCUCGGCUUCUUUCGGUUUUCCGACAGACCGACACGUAAAUUUUGUUGUGUGCGAGGCGUGCUGGGCUCGAGAGAAGGGGUAGAAAUGUUCCGCGAUCUGGCUUCACUGGCUUGUAGAAGAUAGUGCCAACGUCUCUAACAAGAACCAAUCUGAUGAAAGUAUUUUUAAGUUUUUUAAAACCAACCAAUCAAAAUUAAGAUUAUUCAUACGCGGGUAAUACUAACGCUUAUGAAAUUUCGAUAUUGGUAGUGUUGCAUCGUUACCGUUUGUUUAUGUUUUAGAAGUCUUCCACUUUUGUCGAUACAUCAUAUUCUUCUUCAGUAACAUGAUUUUAUGAUAUGGCUGAGUUGCAUAUUAUUGGUCAAAUAUCUUUAGCCAAAAAUUUCAAAGAAUCUCAGCUAUUUUGUAAAUGGAGUUUUCAUGCUGGAAAUGGUUGGAAAAUCAUAGAAGGAAGUGAAGAAGGACAAACUCAAGAAAGUUGUGAUAUAUAUACUAACGAACCAAUUUGGGAUCAUCCUAUUGAUAUACAUUACACUACGCAGACACUACAGAAUUCUCCAAAACUACUUCUACAAAUAUUUUCUAGAGAUAAUUAUGGGAGAGUAUUAUUCAAUUCUUAUGGCGUUUGUAAUAUACCAUUAUCUCCUGGAUCUCAUUGUUUAAACUGUCAUACAUGGAAACCGAUCGGUGAUUGGAAAGAUAGACUGAGAGACAAAUUUUUAGGAGUGGUUUUACAAUUGAAAUCUCCAAAUGUUUUAGUUAAUGCUGUGGAUAGAUUUGAAUUACUUACAGAAAGUAUAGGCACUAUUCAAAUCGAACUGCACAUACUUGCUAGGAAUUUCGACAAAUUUGGAUGUCAUUUAUGAAGACAUUAAAUAUUUCAGA